UACAAGAGAUUGAUUUGAAAUAAAACACAUAGCUCAGGACAUUUGAAGCAUUAUUUUUUUUUCCCCUGAUCAAUCUCAAACCCUACUUUUAGAACUGGAUUCUGAACGCUUGUCAGUGUUAAUUCUGAAUGACAUCGCUUAACUACUAAUAUUUCCGAUUCUUGACUCGCUCGCGACUCUUUCCGAGUUCCGGUGGCCGAAUUGCAGUUUUCGCUUCACAAUCAGUUCUCAUUAUCCCGAAGCAAAGGAAUAUUUGGUGCAACAGGAACUGAAAACAUGGAAGGAGAUGAUGAUUUUGAUGAAUAUAUUCCUGUGGCGAAGCGUAGAGCCAUGGAAGCGCAGAAGAUUCUUCAACGCAAGGGUAAGUCUUCUGCCCUUGAAGAAGAGUUGGAGAAAUCAAAGCUUGCCGAGGCCAAGCCAAGCCUUCUUGUAAAAGCAUCACAGCUGAAGCGAGAUCAGCCUGAGAUAAGUCCAACCCAGCAGAUUGUGCAACAAGAGAAGGAAAUGAUUGAGCACUUAUCGGAUCGGAAAACUUUAAUGUCUGUUCGUGAGCUGGCAAAAGGGAUUACUUAUACAGAGCCUCUGUUGACGGGAUGGAAGCCACCAUUGCCGAUCAGAAGGAAGUCGAAUAAGGAAUGUGAUGCGAUUCGGAAGCAGUGGCACAUAAUAGUUGAUGGUGAAGACAUUCCCCCACCAAUUAAGGAUUUUAAGGAUAUGAGAUUUCCCGAACCAAUUUUGAAGAUGCUAAAGGCCAAGGGAAUUGUACGGCCAACCCCUAUUCAGGUGCAAGGUCUACCUGUGAUUUUAACUGGGAGGGAUAUGAUUGGUAUUGCAUUUACAGGUUCAGGAAAGACAUUGGUUUUUGUACUGCCAAUGAUUAUGGUGGCGCUGCAAGAGGAAAUUAUGAUGCCUAUUGAUCCAGGAGAAGGGCCAUUUGGUCUGAUUAUAUGCCCAUCAAGAGAACUUGCAAGGCAGACUUAUGAAGUGGUGGAAGAGUUUUUGGCUCCCAUGAGAGAGGCUGGUUACCCGGAACUGAGGCCUUUGCUUUGUAUUGGUGGAGUAGAUAUGAGAUCACAAUUGGAUAUUGUGAAGAAGGGUGUUCAUAUCGUUGUUGCUACUCCUGGGAGGUUGAAGGAUAUGUUGGCAAAGAAAAAAAUGAGUCUUGACAAUUGUAGGUAUCUUACGUUAGAUGAGGCAGAUAGACUGGUUGAUUUGGGCUUUGAAGAUGAUAUAAGAGAGGUAUUUGACCACUUUAAAGCUCAACGACAAACUCUCUUGUUUUCUGCCACCAUGCCCACCAAGAUUCAGAACUUCGCUAGAAGUGCUCUGGUAAAACCUGUUACCGUUAAUGUGGGAAGAGCAGGAGCGGCAAAUCUUGAUGUGAUUCAGGAAGUCGAGUAUGUGAAGCAAGAGGCUAAAAUCGUAUAUCUUCUUGAAUGUCUACAGAAAACCCCACCUCCUGUUUUAAUAUUCUGUGAGAACAAGGCUGAUGUGGAUGACAUUCAUGAAUACCUCCUCUUAAAAGGAGUUGAAGCUGUAGCCAUUCAUGGAGGCAAGGAUCAGGAAGAGAGAGAGUAUGCCAUUUCAUCCUUCAAGGCUGGGAAAAAAGAUGUCUUGGUUGCCACUGAUGUUGCCUCGAAGGGGUUGGAUUUUCCUGAUAUUCAACAUGUCGUUAAUUAUGACAUGCCUGCAGAAAUUGAGAACUAUGUUCACAGGAUUGGACGAACUGGAAGAUGUGGCAAGACAGGAAUAGCAACAACAUUUAUAAACAAGAACCAGAGUGAGACAACACUUCUUGAUUUGAAGCACCUCUUGCAAGAAGCAAAACAGAGGAUUCCACCAGUGUUGGCUGAGCUAAACGAUCCGCUGGAAGAUGCGGAAGCAAUUGCCAAUGCGAGUGGGGUUAAGGGCUGUGCGUAUUGUGGUGGGCUUGGUCACCGUAUCCGGGAUUGCCCUAAAUUAGAACAUCAAAAAAGCAUGGCUAUUUCCAGCUCCAGAAGGGAUUACUUUGGAUCCGGUGGUUACAGGGGAGAGAUAUGAUAUUAGCCAAACCGUUAUACAUGUGUUGAUGUUUUCCCUCAAUCGCCACUGUGUUACAUAAACGUUUUAUGCACCUUGCAGUUGCAUUUGAACGGAAAUGACUUUCAUGCUUGUAUGUUAAUGGAUGAUGUACUGAGAGAAAUUAUCUAUAGAGAUGGUCCUAGUGACGUUGUCGCAGUUGAAUAUCUGAAUUUAUUAUAAAUUCCUAGAAAUAUUUUCAUUGA